AUGGUAAGUCCAAUUGGGAUUCUAUAUGUGCAUAUAAUUAAUUUCAUUCAGGCGCCUACGAGACCUAGUGGCAUAGGUGUGCGUAAGAAGCAGAGAAGGCCAUCGAGAGCCUCGACGGAGCGCAUUUCGCGAGAGCGGAAACGAGAUCCCAAGCCUGCUGUUGCAAAGCAGAACAUAAACAAGAGGAGGCCAUCAGAGAAUCCAGUAGCGCCUGUAUCCCAGCGAAAUGUCGCAGGUCCCGCGACGUCCUCAAAGCGUCCAAAAGGAAAGGCGAAGCAAGCCGAUAUCGACGAGAUUGCGGAGGCAGCGCCGGUGUUGCAUCAUCUACAACUCGUUUCUAAGCCACGGCGAAUAUCUGAGGAACAGAUUGCAAAAUGGCCACUGUGCUCUCAGCAAAUUCAGGAUCAGAUAAAAUUCGUGCUGCAGCGCGCUAGGGAUGAGGUUAUGGCCUCGCGGAGAGAUGACAGACGGCGUGAGGAGGCCAGACAAAUAUUGAACAAAGUUUUCAGGGACCUGGAAAGGCAGUUGUCGAUGGUGAAGGUUCCUCCACAUACUAGGGACAUCCAUUUCAACCUGGAUUGGCUAACGGAGCGGAACGAGAGGCUCAGACAAGAAGUCACGACGGCGCGUCACUCCAAUCAACUGCUCGAGGAACAAGUCGAUAAGGCUAAGGUACAGCUGAAGAAGGAUGAGAAAGAGCUAAACACGUUGAAAAAGGAUGCGGCUAGGUGGAAGGAGAUCCAAAAACAAAGUCGGAAGCUUCAUCCCCUCCUGACACUGCCUAAAAAUUUUAAGAUGGACGGAGACGGACCUGAAGAUAUUGGCUUGAAAAAGGCCGCGCCAGUCGAUACGGCUAUGCUCGAUGCUCCGGGUCCCGACAUUGCUCCCCUUAUCGGGCAACUCCGACGCAGCCUAGAGAGCCUGCAGGACAACCAUGAGCAGGUUGAAGGCAUCCACGAGGCGAUGCAGAACGUGCAGGCAGCAUUGGACGGAUUUCUCUUCAAACACGCCAGUUCACCGCAGUAUGAUGCCUUGUGA